CAGAGCGCGACAGAAGUACAGGCCCCCCUUAAAGUCAGCCCGAAGCUGACGAGCUGUCGGGUUAAAUCGCUCGGCGCCUCCAUUAACUCGACGUCCGCCGAAAAAAAAACCCCAGCCCAAAAGUCCCCCCCGCGCAACCCCCCCGAAAAACCGUUAGUCGCGUCUAGAAAUGUCCCCCUAAAAGCCACGUUCGUGAAAUUUAACCGCUGAAGUGUCUUUUUCCACCAUCAACUGUUGUAAAACCGUGGUACGCGUGGGUACAGUGCAGUCUAAAAGUUUGUUAAUAACAAAUCUUCACUGAACAUUUACCUGUGUCGCGGAGUUGACGUGUGUACGAGGAAAAUCGAGUGCAAGUUACUUCACUCCUGACUCCAAUGAAUACCGAUAAUAAGUGAAUAUCACUGGAGCAUCGUGUUGUCAACUAUUGAAUGUUCGCCGUGAAAACAUGACUAGGUGCAGUGGCGAGAGAAUUAGACGCCAUCUGUUCCCCGAUAUACCACCGAGACUUUGUCGAUAGAUUAUUGAUUACCUCUUGGUUAUGUUUUACUCGAGUAUUUUUGUUUUCUCCAUUGGAUGCUGCCGUGUGUUUUUGCGCUGAGUGUCAUUUUCCCCCCCGCGAAAUGUCGAAUUUUAUCGCGAGAGUGGAGUCUCCCUCGGGGCAACAGUGAGAACUAAUCAUUGGACAAAUGUCCUCCGAGGACAGGAGUUUUUAAACAAUUUGCGAGUGUGUUUAUGUGCGUUUACGAUGAAGUCACGGAUAAUUCGAAUGGUGAAUGAGAAAAAAUCAUCUGGGUCCUUGGCCUCCCGGACAAUUUGCCUGACGUCACGGAAUGCCAGUUUCAGUUGUCAUUGACUUGUGAAUGCUAUUUUAAUUAUUCAGAGGAGUGAUUUAAGCGGUUUUUAAUGGUUAUGUGGCUGCAUUGCGAGGGCCUGGGGGUCUUGCAGGGCUGGCGGUGAAGUUUUUGGAAAUUUGUGGGGGCUUUUUUCACUGGGGCCUGGUGGUUUGGUUAAAAUACGACUGCGGGACUGGGGAUCACCGUUGAACUAGUGUGGGGGACUAGUGUAACGUGCGCUCAGGUGCACAAACAGCCAGGAACAGCAGCUCGAUGUUACCACCCCUGGCACAGGGCCUAGAUGCCCUAGAGUUGGAUAUACCUGGUUGAUGAACCCUCGUGGCGGUUCAGGGAGAAGUGUUGUUGGUUAAUUUACGAACAUGGCGUUGUCCGCUAAUGAUUGUGAUUUGGUUCUUGCCAGUCUGACAGCGUCUAGGAACGGUGAUACGCCCGUUUAUGAUACAUGGCCACAAGAGAAAGUACCAGUAAAACAAGAGCGUCCAGAUGAGGCGGAAAUCCGUGAAUUGGCUGCCAAAAUGGUGGAAGCAAACAAAGCGAAAAUGUUGACGAGUGUCCCAGGUGUAUCCCAAAGGCCAGCAGGUAGCCAGGGUCUCCCCGGUAUCCUCGGUUACUUGAAUAAAAAGCCAAAUGACACAGCACCCCAACAAGCAUCAAAAUCCCCAUCAGUUGACGGUAAAACACCACUGGACGAUGAUAGUCUACGUGGUAGAUUUGGUUGGAUAACAUUUGACAAAUGUCACAUACCAUACAUAUACCGUGGUGGUGAAAAAUACUGCGCUGUUAGGAUACUUGAGGCAAAAUUACUGAACAAGUACCUGAACUACUUACACUCUGACAUAUACAGUUGUACGUGUAUCAAGAGUUACUUCAUAACCGAAGCUGAGAGUAAAUUAUUCAAUGAGAUUAACAAUAAACACUGUGAAAAUCAGUUUGGCAAGGACCAAUUUACAUGCAAAGAUCUUGUUGUUAGAUUGUCUGAUGCCAAAGAGUUUUACACAUUUUUGGAUGUAUGUUACACCAAAUUAACGAGUCAAAAUGUUAAUACUGGACAGAAGGGUGAGAAGUGUGGUUUCAUUCGUAUUAAUAAAGAAUCAGUGGUACCAUACACGGUUAAAGACAAUCUCAAGUAUGUACCACUAUUUUAUUUCGAGGGUGAAACGGACAAUUUGAAAUUGAAAGCUGAAAAACUUGAGGGAUGGGAUUUGUCGUAUUUGAAAUUUUGUUGUAAAGUACAGGGUAUACGUAAUGAAUUAUUUGCCAGUGAAACGUGUUCAGUGAUAAGUUUGAGUGACAUUAAGAGUUAUUUUCCACCUGGUACGGGAUUUGAGGAUUAUUGGCCGAGCAAAGUUAUGGAUUCGCAAUUAUUUGUUAGCGGUAAAAGUGGUGCUAGCGCUGGUGGAUGGACAAAACAACCGCCAGCACCACCAGCUGCAACAAAACCAGUGGCUGUUGUUAACAAUGCUAAUAAUAAAACAGUUAUUAAUGCUAGAACAAUGCAGUCUGUACCAAGGAGUACGACUGUUAAUACAACGAUACAUCAUAUUAAUCAGACGAGGCCUGUUACUACACAUCCAGCCCAUGGUUCACCAAAUACAGCUAAUCGUACAGCAUCAAACGCUCAAAUUCUCAAUCCUGUACCGACAGCUGUCAAUGGUUGGUCGGGACUCGUUGGGGGUCAGCCUACAUUUCAAGCGACUAUUGUUCCUCAGUCAAAUUCUAUCAUAAGAAUGCAGAAUACGUCCCUGAAUAUGCAUAGUCCAAUGGCGACGUCCAAGGGCUAUUCCCAACAGCCAAGAAGUAGGCCCAACAGUAACACCCAGCCUGGACAAUAUCCAGUUUAUCCCGUAUCGACAAUGCAAAAUGUUGCACAGGCACCACCACCUCUCGUAAGGGCGACAGCUCACUCGAAUCAGCCGAAUCUUGGGAUGGGGGCAACGUACACGACACCCAGUCUAUCAGUGCAAAAUGCUGUAACAGCAAGCUCCUAUCCUCAGAUGUUGAAUUUGAGUACUGAGCAGGUGCAAGCACUGCUGCAUCCUCAGACAUCAUCAGCUAUAAUGUCACAUACACAACGGCAUACACCACCAGCUCACAACACGUCUCAUCCCAAGUAUCCACCACCAUUGAUACCAGUGAAUGGGAGUUCUAACAGUACGAGGGAUUCUCGGGGGAGGAAAGCACUAAUUCCCAUCGCCGAAACGAUAGCAAGUUGCCACGUCCAGCCAUACGGAAUUCAAAAAGCUCUGGUUGGUGAGAAAUUGGUACCGUGUAUCAAUUUCAAACCAUACAUAUAUUCUGAAUUGCUUAUGACAUUGCCCGACUUUGUAUCACAGUUUUUUCCUACUUGUGAUAUGAAUAACUGUAGGGAAGUCCUUACUGACGUACUUGGGGUUGAUUUAUACCAAGGAAAUAGACUACAAAUGAAGAAACUGAUGGAAGCCGGCAAAUGCACCUCGAUGAACGAGGAAUUGCCCCUGAUUCAAGUACGAAACAUAAUAAAAUACAUGCCACAGAUGAAGUACAUGUUCAGAAGUAUGGGUAUGCCAACACCGGCUCAUUCAUCCGAGGAACAUCCCCCUAAAAAACGACAGCGUACCAGCUAGGAUUGGCUCCAGCCUUAUUGGCCCACAUACGACUACUAUCACUCGGCAUUUUAAUAAGUGUCGUUUGUCCAAGUGUCGAGAGUGUGCUGUUGUGGCACGUUAAAAUUUUCAUUCACUUGUUUGUUUAUUUCUUUCUUCAUACUGACGAAGAAUAAAAGCUAAAAAACAUGGUACACACGUGUGAGGCUACCUCAGUGAAAUGAGCAUUUCUUAUUUUUCAUUUCAAAUUUAAGUGAUUAAUUAUAGAUUGAAGAAUUGGAUUA